GCGCACGCCCAGCCAAUCACAGGCUGUUUUAUAGCGCUCGGAGCGCUCGCGAUCGGGGCGGGGCAGCGAGAAUAUCGCGGCACUUGAUGUGAUACAAAAACCGCCCUGUCGCGAGGCCUCAUCCUUCUUCUCCGGAAAACACCAAAUGGCGGAUGACGCCGGUGCUGCGGGGGGGCCCGGGGGCCCCGGGGCCCCCGUAAUCGGAGGCCGCGGCAACUUCCGUGGAGGCUUUGGCAGCGGCGGCCGGGGUCGGGGCCGCGGCCGGGGUCGGGGUCGGGGCCGUGGCCGCGGAGCUCGCGGAGGCAAGGCCGAGGACAAAGAGUGGAUCCCUGUCACCAAGCUGGGCCGCCUGGUCAAAGAUAUGAAGAUCAAAUCGCUGGAGGAGAUCUAUCUCUUCUCGCUUCCCAUCAAGGUAACACGAGGGCCCUUUGUCCCUGGAACGGGCUUUGGGCAGGUGGGGUCCCAGGGAGCUUUUUUCCUGGGGUGGAGGGAUGAGAUCUGCCUUUGAGGGGCUCCAGGCUUCACGUUUG